AUGAGCGAACUUGAAAUGCAGAGUUACGGGGUAGCCGUCGCGGACGAAUCCCAGGAGAGCCAGAGCCUGCUAGAGAAAUAUGUCAGCGAGUUCGGCAUCCCUGGUCUGGGCCCUGCAUUCGACGACGCGAAAACAAGGUCAUCGAAUAUCCCCACGCCUCCCGAACCACAACCCAUCACCAUCAGCUCCUCACCAACGAGUCAACGCAAGGACAUCACUACUACGAAUCGCGGCCAAGGCCGGGCAACUCAGCGUCGAGUCGCGAUCGAUCUCGAAAAUGCCCACGACCCGAUCAGAUUGCCACCGCCGAUGCGAGCGCCCCGGACGAUGGAUAUCUCCCAAUCCCCGACCCAGGCGAAUGACGACCGCGACUACGAGACGGCCUGCAACGUAUUGACAUCCUCUGACCAACCUGCCAGCAACCAGUCGGAUGCACCGCGAACCCUACAGGAGGGCGAUACCGGGGCUGUCAACUUCGGGCCCCUGAGCCAGGAUGGGAAGGACAUAUCCCAGGACUCCGAUAUCCUCUCGCCGUUUUCCGAGAAUCCUGUGCUCCAGCGAGGCGACUGGCGCGGCCAGAGAGCGUCCCAGCGAUAUGGCAUGACGCCCGCCCGCCCCUCGAUGGCGGCUCCUCCCGAAACGCCCGCGGGGCCCGUAAACCCCUUUGCCGCGAGGCAAAAGCCCGCCUCGCAGAGACGCGAGCUCUUGGAAGAGUACGAGCCUGUGGAGGCCUCGCAGCAGCGCAAGCUUGCGAGCGAGGACUUGCCUAGGCCGGUGUCGGAUAUCGAUUCGGACGAGGACGACGAAUUACGGAGGCGGCGGCGGGCGCGGCAAAGGCGGGACUGGGCGGAGCGCAAGCUGCGGGAUAUCUCGUUUGAACCUCCCGCUAAGGCCGGGGCGGCUAACUCCCGGGGACGACGAAGCAGAGAAGAAUACGCCGGGGCGGGGCGUUUCUCCACGCUAGUACAGACGAGCUCAAUCCGUCUGAUCAUCCUGUUCGCGUCGGUGCCACCGCGGGAGCACGACUCUGUCGACACUCGCCUUAAUAUGACGUCUCCGGUUGACGCGCCUGAUGUUUCGGACGGCAUCCACGAGCCGUUCGACGAGGAUCGGGUCAUGAUCCCUGUGACGAGUCCUCCGCCGGCGCUAUCCCUACGCAAACGACGACGGACGAGGUGGCGGAACUUCAGCCCUCUCCUCGGUCGUUCUGCCGGCGCAGCUACCUCCGACGUCGUCUGGUAUAUCGAAAGGUAUGGGCUGCGCCACGCCACGCAACGGACAAGUAGCAGGGUGCUCGUUCCCGAAUCUCCCAUGGUGGUUCCGGAAUCGGAUAUCGUCCAAGACGCCCUAGUCAGCGAAGACGACCCUGGUGAUGAUACUGUGCUUGCUCCUGUACAGGAAGACGAAGAUGAGGCUCCACAAGAGCUACCGCCUAUAGAUGACGAUCUCCCUUCCACGCAACCACCUUCUUCGGCGAUACCUCCGGCAAGGGCGCGAUCUAGGCGAAGGGGAGGCCCUGUGGAAGAGCCUGUAGAGGCACCUAUGGAGGAGCCUGCAGAGGCACCUACGGAGGAGCCUGCAGAGGCACCUACGGAGGAGCCUGCAGAGGCACUUAUGGGGAGCCUGCAGAAGAGUCCGCAGACGGAACUACUACGGAGCCUACCGAGGAACGCGCCACGCCACCCCAACCGAUCCAUACUGCGACGAGCGUCGUCCAUAUCGAAAAACGACCUCUACGACCUGCCUGCCUCAUCGGCCGCCGAGCCCCCGGUGCCGAAGAGUGUUCGAGCACCACUUCUACGGCGAACUUACGGCAAGGUAAGACGCACCCUCCGCUUAACGAGGAACUCCCUGGCGUCUUCCAAGCAACAACACGACAUCCACGACAUUAACUCGACGGACGAGCUAGCCAAGUCGCCGUCGCGGGCCCCGCUUAGCACCAGCAGUGCCAUGGUGUCGCGGACAAACUUAGGUCGGUCCGCCCGCUUUAGCGAGAGCACGAGCACCAACCCGGCCACCACGAACCGAGCGCUGCUCUUUGACAACAUGGCCUUUGCCAUCUCUUUUCAGGCUCAGCGAGACGGUGAGACGUCAGAGGAGUACAAGGAGCGGUGUAGUAUGAGCGAGGAGCUAGCGGACCUCGUGGUACGCGCCGGCGGGCGGAUUCUAACCACCGGGUUUAACGAGCUCCUGGACGCGCCCACGCUCAAACCAGCGGCGGCCACGGCGGCCGGUGCCGCGGAAGAAGCCGAAGGAGGCGACGACGCGCCGCUCACACUAGAUCCGGAGGCCCGGGGGUUGGGAUUCACGGCGCUGCUGGCGGAUGGGCACUCGCGCAAGGUCAAAUACAUGCAGGCGCUCGCGCUAGGGCUGCCGUGUCUAGCGUACCAGUGGGCGUCGGCGUGCCUGGACAAGGGCGAGGUGCUCGACUGGUCGCCCUACCUACUAUGCGCGGGUCAGUCGGUGUGCGCGGGCAACGCGAUCCUGUCGCGGCAUCUGGCGCCGUACUCGGCUAUCGGGGCGGCGCUGGAGGACGCGGUGGCGCAGCGGCGGGAGCUGCUGGGCGGGGACCGGAUCCUGUUGGUGAUGAAGAAGUCGCGCGCGGAGGAGAGCAAGAUGGCGUACCUGGUGCUCGCGCGCAUCUUGGGUGCGAAGCUGACGCGGGCACAUAGCGUUCGGGAUGCGCGGGUGGCGCUGCGCCAGAGCGAGGCGCGGGGCUUCAGGUUUGACUGGGUGUAUGUGGACGAAGAGACGGGGUCAGCUGAACAACUCUUUGGGGAAGCGGGCGCCGGUGCUAACCCGGGCUCAGGCCCCGGCAGCACAAAAGGAGGCGGGUCGCGCAAGAGAAAGAGGACGAGGGGGAAGCAGGCGAAAGAGAUCUUGGAGCAGAUUGGGAGCGAGCUCCGCUGGAGCGACCUCGUCCAGCUCAACCGCGUCUGCAGCGCGCUGUACCGGGCCACAAGGAACCUCGCGCUGCAGGAUGCCUACCUGUGCACGCGCGACGGAUGGCACGUCGACACCAAGCGCCAGCCGCUGUCGGCGCUGGGCCCGCGCAUGCCGGGGAUCCGGAGCCUGACUGUCGCGUCGCCGGACCCGGAAUUCACCGUCGAGGCGACGAGGCUGGGGCGGUGCCUGUCUUGCGAGGCGCAGGCGAACGAGGGGAGCAGGAAGAGUGCGCUGGGGGCGAGGAGGACUCGCUUUACCUGGGCUCUUGGCGUAUGUGCCCCGAGCUACAUUUACAACCAGUUCGCCAAGGACCAGCCCAACAUCCGCGAGCUGACCCUCAUCACAGCCUACCGGCGGUACGGAGUGCGGUGCACGUGGCGCAUCCCAAACCUCACCCACUUCCACAACGUCACGCGCUUCUCGUGGACGGGGUUCAACCAGAACCAACUCCCCAUCCUCGCCGCGGCGUUUCGCACGUUUGCCCGCCAGCUGGAGCACCUGCACCUCGACCUGCUCGCCAUCUCGACGGGCGUGUACACGGUGCAUUUCGGCGACGUGGCGCCCGAGGAGCUCGAGGCCGACGAGGCGCCCAACGCCGACUCCAUGUUCGAGCGGCUCAUCACCGACAUGGCCAGGGACGCUCGGUACGGCGGGGACCAGGGCGUCAUGUUCCCCGCGCUCAGGGGCCUGUCGCUGACCAACACGGCGCUGGGGCCGCGGUCGCAGGAGCUGUGUCGGGCGUUUAAUGGGGCGAGGCUCGAGGUGCUGCGGCUUAAGAGCUGUCAUAUGGAGGCGGAGGAGCAGGACGAUGUCGAUUCAGCGUCGGCGGCAGCCGAGCCCACCAACGAGAACAGUCAGCCGCCAAAGAAGCAACGGCUUCGGCUACAACUAGGGCCACGGCGCCGCGGCACCGCGCCGCUGAGGGUACUGGAGCUGCACCUAACGCAUGCCUGGGCCGAGGACCGCCACGUGGAGCUGUACGGGCUAAUGGGACUGUGCAAGCGGCUCGAGGAGUUUGUCGACCACGUCGUGACGCAGCCCGCCCGGGUCGCCGGGGGCUACGGGCUCGCCGCGGCCGGGGACCUGAGCCGGACGGAAGGGCGGCACCUCAUGGGUCUCCGGCGGGGCGAGACGCCGAAGCUCCGCCGCUUCGUCUUUCACCCGGGCUGGCGGUGGGAAGCGCCCGGGGAGGAAGGGGCGGUGUCGGCGCAGCAGCAGCAGCAGCCGCCGCCGCCGGGACCGGAAUUGGGGCCGUCGGAACGGGCGUAUCAGGCGGAGCCGAUGGCGAAUCCGCUGUCGCAUUUGAGGUUGGAGUUUUUGGGGUAUGCUGCGUCGCCGCUGUACAUGUCCUGCGUCACGCCCGAGGCUCUUAGUAACCUCGUCGUUCUUCACGUUCGGCAAUACUACGAAAAGAAGCCCCGUUUCUACAGCCAUGCCUUUGGGGCCAUCCCCAUGAUCAGCACUUCCGCAAGUCAUAGCCGAAGCUCCUCCGGCGUCGACCACAAAAACGACGAUAGGACAAACGGGCACGAUCACAGUAAUCACGACGCGAACAACGAAGAGCGUCCCAUGCGCACAUGGCUCACGCGAGAGUGCUACGAGCUCGCGAGCUGGGUGUUUGGCAACCCCGACCGCUUCCCCAAGCUCAAGAUCCUCGCUUUUGGCGACUUUGGCGCCAUCCAGCCCAUCAACCGCCUGCUCCUCUGCCGCGCCGAAAACCCCGUGCCUGAUCCGCCCCUUUCGCCUUCCGCGCUCGCGGCGACGCCUUCGGCUGCGGCGGAGCAGCGACGGAUGAUGGCGUACGGGAUAGGUGAUACGGCAAAGGCAAAGGCGGCGGUGGACUACUAUGAGCUGGUGGAACGCAGCUGGCGGGUGGGAGUCGGGGGCCACGCUUACGUCGAACGUGUGGAGGCCGAAGUUGGGGACUUUUUCGCGAGGGAGUCGGAGGCGAUGGCCAAGAAGAGGUGA